AUGGAUGAUGGAGAACUUGUUGACACACUGUCAGAUGAUGUUAGUAACACAACAGACUAUGAAUCAGAUAACAGUUUUAAACUAUUAAAUGGGCUUGCUUACAACAAUACAUUGUUACAAAAAGUGUUUUUCCCGGCAGACGACGCAGCUUUAGGUGGUAGACGAUACGAAAAUGUGGCUGCAGCAUGUAAAUCAGUCGAUGUUACUGUACCUGAAUCAAUCAUUGGGUUCAAGACUGACACAACAUUAUUGGAAUGUGCAUAUAUAACUACUGGUGUAAAUCCAAUAGUUAAUUGGUAUAAAGGGAGUAGUACAGCUACAGGUACUCUAGUUAUACAAUCAGUUGGUGGAGUAAACUACCCAGAGCCUGGAUUCACCAGACAUGAUAUUGAAGACCAAGCUAGUUUACUUAUAACUGACACACAGUUGAGUGAUGCCGGAAUGUAUUGGUGUUCUGUCUCAGCUUUUCCAGAUGGUAGUGACCAGGACUCAGUCACACUCACUGUGGAAGUUGCAACAGAACCAUCUCAACCUAGUAUAACGUUCAUUGAUGGCAGUGUUAUAUCCAAUGCAGGCAGUAAAAUUACUAUGCAAUGUACAUCAUCUGGUAAUCCUUCACCAAUUUACAGUUGGUUGAGAGAUGGUUCACCACUACCAACACUGAAUAGAUAUCAACUCAAUAUAGAUAACAGUGAAUUAGCAAUCAAUCCCAGUAACAGAGAUGAUAACGGUGGAACAUUUACAUGUCAAGUGAUGAAUUUUAAAGGAAGUAAAACAGAAGAUAAAACACUGAUCAUUAGAUAUCCCCCCGAUGAUCCAGUCUGCACUUACCAAUCCACUGGUGCACCAUUACCAUCUUACCUACUUGAUGACGAAAUGAAAAUAAGAUGUCAAUCAACUGAUGGCAAUCCGUUAGCAACAUUGAAUUGGUAUCGUGGUAACAGUAAGAUAAACGGUUUAUCAUCAUCUACAACUGAUGACACAGUUACGAAGGAUUACACAUGGAAUCUGAAUAGAAAUGAUAAUGAUGCUGUGUAUACAUGUAAAGCUACUAAUGAUGCCCUAACUACUCCAUUAACAUGUCAACUUGAACCAUUCAAUGUCUACUGUUGUAUCUGUGGUUCAUGCAGUGUAGGUAUUAUUGUUGGGAUACUCACAACUUUGCUGGUUACUACUAUAAUAUCUGUUGUGAUUAGUUAUGUAUUACAUAAACGUCGAUUGAACGAAGAAAAAAGACGAUCUGAUGUCGUAGAUGAUCGCGAGUACACUGGACUUUCAGAAAUCACGAGGGACAAAGACCACACCUAUGAAAUACCAGAGAAAAAGGAUGUUGACAAAGAUAGGGUUUAUACAUCACUCAGCCCUGCUACCAGAGAAAAAGAACCUGAAUAUGAGAUGCCACUACCAAGACUAAAUAAGGUCUAA